GACAUGAUCGAUGAUUGUGAUUUAUACAAUUUUAGUGACUAUCCAGAAGAUCAUUGGCUAUGGAAGAAUAAAAAUGGGGAAGAUCGAGCUAUUGGCUAUGCGGGAGUUCGUGCAAAAUGCUAUAGUGUUGUGUGUGAAAAUUCAGAAAAAAAUAUGAUAAAAGCAAAAGGCCUGAAAAAAUCACUUAUUAAAAAAGAGUUUACUCAUAAAAUAUUCGAGGACUGUGCUUUAGAGGGAAAAGAGGAUCAACCAUGA